GCACGCGUUCCUCUCCUCCCACCUGCUAUAUAGGGGCGCUGCCGCCCCCGGCGCUCCAGCCACACCAUCACCGAACUCGACUUGGAGCUCGAUCCAAGGAGUCAAAGUCAGCCACCUGCCAGCCUCCAGCAACCAAGCCCACCCACCGCGCGCGCCACGACCAUGUCGUCCUCGUCGUCGUCGGCGGCCUCGAUUGGCGCGCUCGCGGCGGCCACCGCCAUGGCCGUCUCCGGCUCGCUCGUCCUCUUCUCGCUCCGCCGCUUCGCCAAGCCCGCUUCGGAGGAGCCCGCGUCGCCCCUUCGCUCCUGCCUCGCCUCCUCAGAGAAGCGUGCGCGGCGGAAGGGGGAGAGGCGGGUGCGGUUCGCGGAGGGCGUGGUGGACAAUGAGGGCGCGGCCCCGCCGGUCAGGCGGUCUCCGUCGCCCCCGCCGGCGCCGGCGCCCGAGCCGACGUGCAGGACGACGGACGUGGCGGGCCACCGGAUGCCGGCCAACCGGGAGGCGCUCUACCGCGGCAUGCUCCGCGAGCGCUCCGUGCACAGGACCGCCUACUCGUACUGACGUGCCGCCGGCCGAUCGAGGAGGAACAGACGCCGGCCCGCCGUAGCUAGAUCGGAAUUGAGAAGUAGCCUUAGCCUAUAGUCCGUCCCCUGCUUUCGCUUUGUUUCUUGGUUUCUUGCUUCGCUUCCUUGCUUCGCUUCCGGUGCCGUUGGUGUUUGGUAACAAACAGGCUGUUGACUUGUGGAAGUACUUACAUCUCUGUACUGUAUAGAUGGAUUAGGAGUACAUAGUAUUGCCUAUUUUCAGUCAAUCUGUACAUAUAAACCUUCUUUUCUGGCAAUAAACCGAUAUUUGAAAUAAACAUGCUUCUCGAUUAA